AUGGACAGGUUCAGAGUGGGGCGUGCACGCCUUGGUCGUCAGUGUCGCUACAAUCAACAACUUUUUGCAAAAAAUUACCCCUUUCGGAAACUCGAGAUCAGGCCCAGCAGCGUUUACGCCUUGUUGAUCAAAUCGAUCAAUCAACUCGGGAACCAGCACAGCGAACUGCCGGGACUCAUGCACACUCAUCACAGCCUGAAGCCAGAUCGGGACGAGGUCAUGGGAAGGCAGAACGAGGGAUUGGAAUUUCGAGUCAUGACCCAGGAUGCUCAUUGUGAAGCGCCGUGCACAAAGCUAGUGCAGGCAACAGACAAACGGCUUCUCGCAACCACUGCAACUCCAGGCGGUUUGCAAGCCACACCCGAUGACAGUGAAACGGGGCUUGCUUGGGGCGUGCUGAUCCGCUACCUCGCCUUGAACGACAAAACAUGCGUAAGUGAGAUGUAUUGGGCAUCGUUCGAGGCCGUCGGGCGUAACGGCAAGCUUGCUCAUCCUGGUGGCAGGAUCGCGGAAGGAUUGAUGCAUGGCUUUGUGGUUAACCUUAGCUUGAGCUUGAGUAGAGGUUAG